AUGAUGGACACAAAUCGCAUUGACGAUCUGACUCCGGAAGAGCCAAAGCUCUUCUAUCUGGUCCUCUCCAAUGCCUGCUACAUCCCGGCAACUUUCUGCAUUUCAGCGGCGCGAUUCGCAUCUGUACCCGUUGACUGCGGCACUCCAGAGCACCCUCAUAGGGAGGGAGAGGAGACGAAGAGGAAAGCAACACUUCCUGUGAAGGAAACGCAGCUCCCAGGCGAUGGUUUGUCUUUUCGCGAAAUCCCAGCUGCUGUCCGUUCAAUUCAGUCAAGAACCCAAAGAAGCAUGCAAGAGCGUAGGAACACCAUAGCCGCUUUGCCACCAACGCAAGAAGGUGCCGUUUACUGGUGCCAUGAAGCAGGAGAUGUGCGAGGCCUUCCCUUGGAAGUUGAGCGAGUAUCAAGCAGACAGAACAAAGCAGCGAUCGAUGCAAAUUACAACCUCAGACAGGUUUUGCAUCGAUAUGUUAGCCACAACAUUACAUCUACCAGGGAGCCACCGUCAUCGAAGGUCACUCCUCUCUUGAAUUGCGAUGCAUUUUUUGGCGCGCCCGGUUAUUUGUCCGCUGCUGGGCAGGAGCACUGUGCAGCGGCCACCGAAGAGAAGCGGAGAGCUCUCCUCCUCCGCGGAGGAAACGGAUUCACGGUGAUGACCUCACCUGCGGCUGGGCGUCUUCCAGCACACUCUACACGAUGUAUUUGUAUCGAGUUUCUCACAGAUAUGCCAGGCACAUUCGAAGACACCCUCAUUCUCGAACUCCAAGCCCAUCCCUUCAGAAGUUCAUUUUUCGCUGAAUCAGACGUCGCAGCCCAUUCAAGCUUUCGCCAAACUCUGAAGCUACAAGUUCAUUUUCCCCUCCACGUGUCGUCUGUCGGCAAUUCACUGCUUUUUGCACCCUGCCAACCAGCCCUCGAUGUGACAGCCGAGCCAUGUCCUCUUCUAUCCGUCUCGUCGUGCAUCGUCUCAUCUCGUCUGAUGGCUCGCGUUUCCGCAAAAGUGUCGAACGCGUCUCGUUUGUCUGUCAGAAAGUCUGCCAUUCAGACCGCUAUUCCUCUCAAUUCCGUCGCCGCUGCAGCGGCAGGCGCGGCAGGCGCGGCAGCAUGGCGUUCCGACCAACAGGUGCUUUAUAACGCCGACAGACAGGCGCAAAGGGCGGUGGUCCUUUCAGGGAACUGUGGCGGAUUUUCUCCGAAAACCACGCGAGUGGACAGUGGGUCAAUCCUAUCCAGUCCGAUUCUCCCGCCUGUGGGCAUCUUCAAGGUCUUCAAUCGCGGUUCGCGCGAUAUGUCGAUGAAUUGGCAGGUCUUUGACCUCGACGCUUGGGACAAGCAGAGUCGAGAGCACGCCCGAGCUCCCCCAGAGGCGACAGAACCAGGGGUAGCUACAAGAGCUGCUGAACAAACGGCUGCAGCUGAAGCAGCCGCAGGUAUGGAGCUUUGCCCCGAGCUGCAGACACAGCGGGGAACCGAACCAGCGACAGGGGUUGCUGCCCCCACAGCAGAAUCCUGUCGAAUCCCCAGGGGAGGUCCUGCUCAACAAAAAUCCAACUCGGAAGCGGUCAGUUUUGAUAUCGCAACGGCUGCCUAUCCCGGUGCUACUUUGGGAGGGGCAGACGGGGGAAGAGCAAAUUCACCUCCUUCGGGUGAUCAGGCGGGGUGGCAGUUUAGCGCGAGCGUCGAAGGCGACCACGCCCGACAGGGAAAGGAAGCCAUCGGACAGCAAGGCGGAGACGCAGCCGCAGACACCGGGGAACAGCAGGGGCCAUUGGUAGAGUCGCAUGGCCGCGAGAACGAACGAGACACACCAGUGGAGGAAGCCGAACGUGAUACGGUCGAUGUGGCAAAGGAUAGAGGAUGUGACACGCGUCUGAACAGGUCGGUAACGACCCUUGUACCGCCAAACGAUUGUGCAAUAGAAAACGUGCUCCAGAACGUGAGGGCAUCCAUGCAAGCAAGCAUUUGGGUGGACGGUAUUCAGCACAAUGGCACAGAGCUGGGAAAGGCCCCACGCGUCGUCGUUUCACCGGAACAGUGUGUUGUCAAAGCCAAAUCGACGCGGACAUUCCGUAUCACAUUUGAUGGCGUGCAAGGGACUGCCGACAAGCGUCGCUUCCGACUGGUGGGAACUGGCUCCCACGUUGACAGGACAGGCUCACAUGCUUCGGUCUCUGACCCUGCAGGACUCCUGGGUCCCCCGGCAGGCAGCUGUGGUCGAAAGAGUGGGAGUUCCGCUUCAUCCUGUAGCGACCGAGCUACUUGGGGUUCUGUGGAGCGCGUACCUAAUGCGUGUUCUAUCGCAGCAUCCCAAGCCACGCGGCAGCGACGAUCCGCACAUGAUAAUCAACCCGCAAAUGAGGUGGCCAAUCUUCCUGCAGGUUUACCAGAAGAAUCCGACGAUGAGGAGGAAGACGCGUGGUGCGGGGAUUCUGCUCAUCCUGUUUCCGCUUUGGGAGGUAAACUGCGGAAAACGGUUAGGGAGAAGCAUCGAUGA